GUAUUUUGAUUAGUGUAUAUGAUUGAUAUGAUAAAAGUAAAACGCUUUGUUUCUAGAACCAUGUCGCAAUUGAGAAUCGAUUCACAUUAGAUAGCUUAUGUGCAGUACUAGCCCCAGAAUGGACUAAAGGAGCCUAACGUUACUCCUUAUGAUCCAAUGACCUUACAUCAUGUUUAAAGGUGAAUUGGCUCUGGAAACCAAAACAGUCAAAUACGCCAUCUAAACAUUAAUCGAUUGAUUCUCAAUUGCGGUAGUGUUGUAGAAACAAAUCCCUUUACGUGCAUAUCACAUCAACAUAAUUUCACAAAUGCAAAAUAAACAUACUGUACACCGUUAACAGUUGCAGCCAAAUGUAUUUUUCAGUGACAACACGUUUUUUGGCAUAGCUCUUAAAGUUUACACACAGGUAGGUGUUAGGAGACGCAGAUAGGUAAUAAGUACAGGUAGUGUAUAUUUAAGCAAGAAGGCACUGGGGUUGUGGUAUAUGGCCAAUGUACCACUGCUAAGGACUGUUCUUAUGCAAGAUACAUCAAGGUGAGGUCUGAUUUAACACGGCUGUCGGCCAAUCAGCAUUCAGGGCUCGAACCACCUAGUUUAUAAUUUCGUUAACCCACAAUCCAUUAUAUUGACCAGAUACUCUAGUUGUCGCUCUAACAAUGAAAAGAAACGUCUUCAAAAAGGAAAGGCAGUCGGUAGGGGGACAAGAUCAGGUGGUACCAUUCUAGCCGAUGAGAGGGCAGAUAUGCGUGUGAACAAAAGGUACAACUGUUUCCGCUAGUUCCCACAAACACAUUUGAAAUUGGCUAUCGUAAACAUUCAUUAAAGGCUAGCUGUGUGGUUAGGUUUAAAAUUGUAGAAAUUGGCAGUGUUUAUGACUGGCUGUGGGAACCAGUGACAACUGAUAUAAAGUGGGUACUCUUUUCAGAACACUUGUAACAACCUAAUCAUUACGAACCUAAUAAUCAAUCAAAUAUGCCACACCUAGCAACAACAAAAAAUAUUUUUUGUUAACCAAAUUCAACACACUUAUUGAGCUCUAUACCAAAACUCCUUGCUUGGUGAGUGAAAAACAUGAAAAAAAACACCACCUUCUGGAGAAGAGAUUUUGGCCCCAGUUGUCCCUCGCUUCUUCCUCUCUGGUUAACAGCAGGCUUUAAAAUAUGCCUGAGCAGAGUUCCCACUUCCAUUUUUCAGCGGAAAAGGAAGCUAUGUUUAAUUAGCUGUAUCCCUGAAAACCAGAUGCACCCGGUUGUUGGCAACUCCGCUAAGGGAGGUUUUCAUAGAGAGAUGGCUGUGUGGGAAUUCACUAACUUUAUAAAGGUGUGUAUCAAUGGAACCUUUUCUAUUGAUUAUUAUUAUCAGAUAAGACACAGAAGGUCCUUAUGCUUCCGAAACCGUAACGCAAGUGAUGCGUGUUAAUGUUCAGACCGAGCGGCGGGCUCUCGACAAAACUCCCCCGUACAGAAGACGCCUUCGUCCAAUGACUCUUAUGUGUAAUGGAACUAAGAGUCAUGAUCAAGGGCUAGUACAGUACAUGAUGUACUAGCUACAAAGAGGUUUUAGUUAUUUGUGACAAUGCUGUGUCUGAAGAUGACCGUGAACGUGAGACCUGGCUCACUGUGGAUAUUACAUCAAAUCAGCCACCUGUCACCCAGACCUCCCAUUCGAAGCAUCUCCCACGCUCCCUUUGCCUGUGACCACCACAAAACAUACCGUAGCCACGUCCCUCUUCGGGUGGCCACAUUUCCACGCCUCCGUCCUAGUCUGCCUCUCAAAUCAACUAUAUGCUUUCAGCCAUGUAGACCAGCAUCUACAACCAGCGGUACAGGCUGGUAUGAGAGCCUAGCAGACUCUACUCCUGUCCAUCUGACUGAGCAGCUACUGAUCUCUGUCCAUCAGACCACAGGUCUACCAUGGUGGGCCAGUAUCGUAUGCACCACUGUGGCCCUGAGGACAGUUGUCACACUGCCACUUGGAGCCUACCAGGCGGUCAUCAUAGCAAAGGUUGAAGCCCUGCAAGUGGAGAUAGCGGAGCUGGCUAAGAGGCUGCGCUACGAGAUCUCGGUGCGGGCCAAAGAGAAGGGCUGGACGGAAAAACACUGCCGAUACCAAUUCAAGAAGAACCUGAAGAGGAUAGUGUCUGAGCUGUACGUGAGGGAUAACUGCCACCCCUUCAAGGCCAGUCUGCUGGUAUGGGUGCAGCUGCCCAUGUGGGUAUGCCUCUCCCUGGCCCUGCGUAACCUGAGCCUGGGGGUGUCUGAUGCUGCCACCGCGUUGCAGACGGAGCUGGCAGUAGGGGGAACUCUAUGGUUCUCCGACCUGACAUUGCCUGACUCUACCUGGAUCAUGCCUGUCUCUCUGGGCCUCAUCAACCUGCUCAUCACAGAGGUAUUUGCUCUGCGGAGGAUGGAAGCGUCCAAGUUCCAGAAGUAUGUGACCAACUUUAUCAGAGGGAUCUCUCUGUUGAUGAUACCCAUAGCUGCCACCGUGCCCUCCUCCAUGGCUCUGUACUGGCUAAGCUCCAGUUGUGUGGGACUGGGCCACAACCUGCUCCUGCGCUCGCCUCGCUUCCGGAGGCUGUGCCGCAUCCCCCCCACGCGCUCCGACUCGGACACGCCUUACAGGGACAUCGCUUCUUCCUUUGUCUCCAAAUACAUCAAGUGAAAGAGGUUUUCCAUCUGAUAGUAGAGAAAGAGACUGUAGUCCCCAAUCAUGUCAAUGCCAUAGCUAGCCCCUUCCCCUGAUUCAGUCAAUCUUCAUGAUGAGUUGAAGAAUUAUGUGUGUUAGCACUGGGUUGGAACAAACACCUGCACUGUACACCAUGUAUCUCUCCAGGACCAGGGUUGGUGACCAGUAAACUAAGUGAGUGGACCACGGUCCAUCGGAGAGAAUCAGACUUUGUGGACAUGGAGUAUCCAACACGUCCAUAUCUGACAAACCAAGUCAGUGUCUAGAUCUGUUUGUGACUGGUAUAUACUGUAGCAUGUACAUGCAGGUUUACUUUGAAAGGUAACCACUCCCUGUUCUACCCAGGAUAACUUGGUGUUGUGAUUGAAGACUAACUGGCAAAUGACAUGCAAGAAAUGUACGUAUUUAAGAUAACGACCACAGUCAUGGAUGAUCAAUGGAUACUACAUUUGUACUUUGAACUUCCAGUGUAAAUUGCAUGAAAGGUUUGUUAUUUUGUGAAUUUUAUUGUGAUCCAGAAAUUGAUGACAUCAGAUGUGCUCAAAGUUGAAGUAAUUGACUUAAGUUACAUCAGUAAAAUAAAACAUUUUGUAUUAA